AUGCGUACUGGACCCCUGUCCGCCCUCGCUUUCGCCCUCGGUAGUGUCCGGCUGGUGGCCGCCGCUGACAAGGCCUGGGAGGAUCCCAAUGCGGAGCGCGUUGAUCGCCCACGAUACUACUUCCCUCAGGAGAUCAAGCGCAACGUUCGCAGCUUCAACGACAAUGACAAUAUCCUCGCCAACUCGAUCGACGAACUCGCCAAUGGGUUGACCGGUCAGUCCCAGUCCGGAAACCCUCAGUCUGCCGCUACUGCAUCAGCACCCAACAAGGAGAAGGAGGUGGUUGUUAUCGUUUCCAUUGACAGCGAAGGCCACCGCCACACUGUGACUACGACUACCGAUGGCCCUCAGGCUACGACCACUACGACUACCGUCGACAAGCCCAACAAGAGUACCGACGAGGGUGAGAGCAGCUCCGAUGAUGUGAGCAAGAACACCGCUCCCGCUUCGACAUCAGCCGCUGCUUCUUCAUCAUCAGACGGUGGUCUGCUUGGUGGUCUUGGCGCGGGUCUCUCUUCUCUCGGUGCUGCUCUUGGUGGUGAAACCGACACUUCUUCCACCUCAACUGCGACUGCCACCGCUGCUCAGACUACAUCUAAAAGCCAGGCUAGCUCCAACUCUGCGGGCAGUGCCAAUGGCGCAGGUACUCCCAACGUCGUAUCCAGCUCUGAGCCAGCAGGCCUUGGAUCUGCCCUGGGCACUGGUGAGACCACGACUUCUACUUCUCCCGCCAACAGCGCCGUUAGCGCCAGCACCGUGUCCAGUGCGGAAGCUACGACUACCACUUCUGACCCAGGAUUGCUGGGUGGUCUUGGAGCUGGUGUUUCCACGUUGGGUGCCGGCCUUGGCGGUGGUGUCUCUUCCCUCGGCGCAGGCGUCGGUUCUCUGCUUGGUGGUGGCGAUAAGGCUACUACCACUGAGAAGCCUACUGCCACUGCCAGUGGUGCGGCUCCAGCUUCUGCUACCACUACUACUGACCCGGGCUUGCUGGGCGGUCUAGGAGCUGGUGUUUCCUCGUUGGGUGCCGGCCUUGGCGGUGGUGUCUCUUCUCUCGGCGCAGGCGUCGGCUCUGCUCUUGGUGACGGUGACAAGACCACUGCCACUGCCACCGCAACUGGAGCUGGAACCGCUACCGGCAUUGCUCCUUCUGCUGCCACCGCUUCCAGUGCCACUUCUUCUGGCGGUGGCCUUCUUGGUGGCCUAGGUGGUGGUCUUUCGUCCCUCGGCGCUGGCCUCGGUUCCGCCCUUGGAGGAAGUAGCACUACGACUGCUGCUCCUCCUGCUAACGGCACAAUUUCCGGCUCUGGCUCCGCUACGGCUACAGCUACAACUUCCUCCGAUGGCGGUCUUCUUGGCGGUAUUGGCGGUGGUCUGUCUUCCCUAGGUGCCGGUGUUGGAUCUCUUCUUGGUGGCAACUCUACCAGCCGCCCUACAGAGUCGACUAUUCCUGUCAGCGUUCCGGCAUCCGCUACUCCAUCGGCUACCCCUGAUGUCAGUAGCUCUGGCAGCCUGGCCCCUACCGCAACUGGCACUGACUCCAGCUCUGGCAUUGGUUCCGUCCCUACACCUGCUGGAGGUGCGCAUUCGACCAUUCCUGCUGGCUCUGAGACUGUUGCCCCCGUCCCUACUCCUACUGGCAGCCCGCAGACUUCCAAGCCCGCUUCGCACACCCCCCACGGCGACGCCCACGACCGAGACUACUGUUUCUCCCACCAGCGAGCCUCAGACCACUGCUACUCCUACUGA